CGCUCUGAAGAAUUUUGUCCCCAGCGCCGAACCGUUUCCCGGCCUCCGCCGCUGCCAUGGCGGCAGCUCCGCCGGUCUCCAAGGCCGAGUAUCUGAAGCGUUACUUGUCCGGACCAGACGCCGGCGUCGAUGGAGCCCCGCAUUCCGGUCGCAAACGGCGCAAAAAGCGGCAGAAGCCCAGCGGGGCCGGCGGCAAGGGAAUGCGGAUUGUGGAUGAUGAUGUGAGCUGGACCGCGAUCUCCACCACCAACCCGGAGAAGGAGGAGGAAGAUGAUGGGGAUCUGCCCGUGGUGGCCGAGUUUGUGGAUGAAAGGCCGGAAGAGGUAAAACAGAUGGAGGCCUUUCGCUCCAGUGCCAAAUGGAAGCUUCUAGGAGGUCACAGUGAGGACCUGCCUUCACCAGGGCGUUUCCACCACAGUAACCCGGAUCCGUCUCCUCCCAGGAGGGUCCGUCAGGAUACUCCAGACCCUUUCCCUGCCAGGGCAAUCCAUCAUGACACCCCGGAACCCUCCCCUCCCAGGCGCAUCCGUCAUGACACCCCGGAUCCCUCCCCUCCCAGGGGCAUCCGUCACGACACCCCGGAUCCCUCCCCUCCUAGAAGGAUCCGUCACGACACUCCGGAUUCCUCCCCUCCCAGGAGGGUCCAGCAUGACUCCCCUAGGAGGUCCCGUCCUGGUUCAGCAGAUCCAUCUCUUCCUGGGAGAGCUCACAGUUCUUCCAGAAGAGCUCGUGACAGUUCACCGGACAUAUGCCAACCUAGGACAACUCUUGACACCUCGGACGCAGGGCAACUCAGGAGGGCCCGUCAUGACUCCCCUAGUUCGGCACCUGAUGUCACUCAUUCAGUGUCCAAAACCAAAAGUAGUAAAGCCCCAGAAAGAGCACCUAGCAAGAUUUCUCAUUCGUCACUCCCAAAGAAGAGCAAAUAUGACUGUGACUCAGAGCUCUCCCCGCCACACACAAAAAAAGCAAAAUCGCAUUUUGGAGAUAAGAAGCAGCUUGAUUCUAAAGGGACCUGCCAGGAAGCUCCUGAUUCCGAUCUUUCUCCUCCACGCCGUAAACAAAACCCAAGGCCUCAGAAUUCAGAUUCAGACCUGUCUCCUCCACGGAAUAGGCCUCAGCGCCGAAGCUCUGAUUCUGACCUCUCUCCACCAAGGAGGAAACGGCACACCAAGUCCCCUGAUUCUGACCUCUCUCCACCAAGGAGGAAACGGCACACCAAGUCCCCUGAUUCUGACCUCUCUCCACCAAGGAGGAAACGGCACACCAAGUCCCCUGAUUCUGACCUCUCUCCACCAAGGAGGAAACGACACACCAAGUCCCCUGAUUCUGACCUCUCUCCACCAAGGAGGAAACGACACACCAAGUCCCCUGAUUCUGACCUCUCUCCACCAAGGAGAAGUCAGUCUUCUGGAGAGAAGGCUGCGCACAUGUAUUCUGGGGCGAAAACUGGGUUGGUGUUGACUAACGUACAGCAAGAACAGCAGGAACUCAAGAAACAGGACCAAGAAACCAUGGAGUUCGAAGCUCAAUUCCAGUUUGCUGAAACUGUAUUUCGAGAUAAACUUGGUCGUAAGAGGAAUUUGAAACUGGAACGUUUAGAGGAGAGGAGAAAAGCGGAGAAGGACAUGGAGAGAGAUGAGUUAUAUGCACGAUGGGGAAAAGGGCUUGCCCAGGGCCGGCAACAGGAACAAAACGUGGAGGAUGCAAUAAAAGAGAUGCAGAAGCCUCUGGCCCGAUACAUUGAUGAUGAGGACCUCGAUCGGAUGCUGAGAGAACAAGAAAGGGAAGGGGACCCCAUGGCCAACUUCAUCAAGAAGAGUAAGGCCAAGGAGAACAAGAACAAGAAAGUGAGACCUCGCUACAAUGGCCCAGCACCUCCACCCAACAGAUUCAACAUCUGGCCUGGGUAUCGAUGGGAUGGAGUGGACAGAUCCAAUGGGUUUGAACAGAAGCGCUUUGCCAGGCUUGCGAGCAAGAAGGCAGUGGAAGAACUUGCCUACAAGUGGAGCGUUGAAGAUAUGUAACUUUCCAGAGCCUGUGCAGGGGCAUGUGGGCUGUAGUGGUGGGCACAGGGCAGCUAGACCUCCGGCAGGAAUAGUCCUCCAUACUCGUGAUCACAGCCACACGGACCAGCAAUCAACACGGUGUUCACCACAGAAGAAUGAGGCCAGAUAUUUGGACAAGGUACCUGUGCUUUGCAGGUGUGCCAACACUGGCUGUGGCUGACUUUUCACAGGAAGCAUUGAUUUCCGUACCCCAUCCUUUGUUCUUGGUUGGGAUUUUUUUCCUUCUUUUUAAAAAUAAACACUCAUUUAUUUUUUUAAAAAA